AUGGCAGCCCUUUGGAUGGCGCGUGCUGGUGUGUGGACUCUUGUGGUGGAUCGAAACUCAGGUCUAACUAGAGCCGGACAUGCAGACGGACUCGAAAGCCGAACGAUCGAGAUCCUGGACAGUUUUGACUUGGGCCAUACCAUCUGGAAUGAAUCAAAUCAUACCAUUGAUAUCUGUCUAUGGUACCAAUCCUCCGACGGGUCGCUACAACGACAAAGUAUUUCUGCUAAUUCCACGCCGGGGUGGUCGCGAUUUCAGGAGUCGACUUUGGGCCAAGCGCGAAUCGAGGCCAUUUUGCAGGAGAAAAUACUGGAAUCUAGCCAUGUCGAAGUUCGAAGGAACACCGUGCCGACCUCGCUUGAUAUCGACCAGAGCCUCGUGCAGCAUCAUGACCAACAUUCCUUCCCGAUUCGGGUGGGGUUGAUACCUGUUCCAGGUGCAGAGGCACCUAAGGCUAUACAUGGGAACAUGUGUGUGGAGAGCACUCGAGAGGUCAUCGAGGCUAAAUAUCUGCUUGGUUGUGAUGGUGCACACAGCUGGGUUCGUAAGCAACUGGGUUUGAAACUCGAGGGCGCCUCCCGAGAUGUGGACUGGGGAGUCCUGGAUGUAUUCCCAGUCACGGAUUUUCCGGACAUUCGUCGAAGAAGUAUCAUUAAAUCCCAGUUUGGAAACCUGAUGAUCAUUCCACGCGAGCGGAAACUUGUUCGAAUGUAUGUCCAGGUAUCGGCUAGUCUGACUGAAAAGUACCGAGCGAGUGAUCGUGAUCCGAAUGUGAUCAUGCAAGCCGUAAGAGGGAUCAUGAAGCCAUAUCAUUUUGACGCAUCCCGAAUUGAAUGGUCGACGAUAUAUUCUGUUGGCCACAGGUACUGCGGAGAAUUGUCUCGAUAUGACCGAAUCUUCCUGGCUGGUGACGCUGUCCACACCCAUUCUCCCAAAGCUGGCCAAGGAAUGAAUGUCAGCAUGCAAGACUCAUACAUCCUGGGCUGGAAGUUAGCAUCUGUGAUUCAUGGAGUGGCGCCUCCCAGCCUGCUCCAAACCUACCACCAGGAGAGACUGCUGAUUGCUAAACGGAUCUGUCGUGGCAUGUUAGAAGCUGAGAACACCUUUGAUGAAGACCACAGAAAAGCGCUCGUGGAAAAAAAUACUUCAAUGUCGGGCCUAGGUAUUGCUUAUGAGCCUAAUAUGGCGAUGCCCAAGCCAAUUGGGCUCAAGACGAAUGGUGCCGUCAAUGGGAAUUCUUCAUUGCCAAUGCAGCCUGGUCGGUUUGAAACAAUCAGACUGGGAGCUCGGAUGCCCAGUGCAUUAGUGCUCAGUCACGCAGAUUCUCAGCCUUAUGAGCUACAAAGGAUAUUCAAAAGUACAGGAGAAUGGAACCUUGUCGUAUUUGGUGGGAACAUCGUCAAGGAAGAACAAUGGCAGCGAGUCGAAAAUGUCGCCGCAGCAUUGUCCUCCCCGAAGUCAGUUGUUCAAAGAAUCAACGCCCGAAGAUAUCUUAAUCGCGAUAAGAUUAUUGGGUCUCUCGUCAUCUAUCUGGUGCACUCAGCGUCAAGCAUAGAAGUCGACAUUGGAAACUUACCAGACAUCUUUCGUCCACCUGAUGGGGAUACCGGGUUUGACUAUGGCAAAGUAUUUGUUGACAACAAGUCUUAUCACGUUGGCGGGGGCAAAGCAUAUGAGGAGUAUGGGAUUUCGCCUUAUGGCUGUCUUGUACUGUUGAGACCUGAUCAGCAUGUGGCUUUCAAAGGCGACUUAGAGGAUAUCGGUGAACUUGAAAACUUUCUAGAAUCUAUCCAGCUGGGGGGCAUCACUUGA